GUAGUCAGCUCUCUCGCCUAAAGAAGUGUUGCAGUUUUCCUGCGCCUCCUUGGAUUGAGAUCCUUUGCACGCAUUUUAGCCUUUUCUCGAGGAAGUCCCUGAGUUGGAAGGUGUGCUACCUUGAAGUGUUCUAGGCUUUCAAGGGUUUAACACGUUCAAAUCGCGAUAUAGCUUCGGUUGUUGCAAAAGAUUGUGAGCAGUUUUGCAAACGUGUUAGUGCAGGGAAGGAAUUUUUAUCAGCGGUGUUGAUAUCCAUGACAGAUUCUGCCUGACAUGGGGUUUCAUUCCUUGUGUUGAGAUGCGACUUGGUUAUUGCUAAUUUUACUACAUGGAUGUACACGAUGGUUUUUCUUGUUUGUAGGUCAUCCGAAUUCGAUAGGUGGCUGGAGCUGAUGCGUUGAAUGAGGUCUCAGGAUGGUUUUGUUUUGCAUUUCCAAAUGUCUACAUGGUUGCGAAUUCCAUCUGUGGUUUUGGAGUCGGCAUGGGGAAGAAGCGCUCUGGAUGCCAAUGAUACAGAUGUGAUUAACUAUAUUUUCACGGGUGUCGUGUUUAGUGAAGGACUGUGUGUGUGUUUAUUUCAGGUUACGAGAUUGAUAGGCCCUCUGGAUCUUUGUAGCUUUGAGAUGGAGUAGCAGAUGUUCUCCUGGUUGCGACUCGUUAAUUUUUUCAAUCAGGAAGCUGGGCUUAUAUUUCACAUUGGAUAAUUGAAGAGUAUGUGUGUUCCAUUUCUUCACCAAAUAAUUUCGAAAAUCAUUUCCGUUCGAUGAAGUUUCUUUAACGUCAUUACAAUACAUUAAAGACCUGAUAACAAGAUUAUAGGGCUAAAAGCUUUGUCGGAUCUGGUGAAUUAUGUGUUCCAUCAGCCAUGCAUUACGUGUUCAUGACGGCAGACGCAUCGCUGAAACCAUCGCUCCUCCCGAAACUGCACUUGUGUGCUCUACGGUCAUGCAGUGGGGGUGACCACUGCAAUUGCAAGUUAAACACUUCUGCAACUUUUCUUGAUGUAAUUAUUAAGUUCUAUAACUCUGAAACACUUUAUACAGAUUCUCUUCACCCCACGCUUACUGUGUAAUGCCAAUUUUUUUUAUCGAUAGUCUAACCCUAAUCUCGUUACAUGUUAUACACCGCAGAAGUGAAUUGAGGAUUUUAAGAAUUUUCAAACCGGUCAAAUCUUGCAACUGAACAUAUGUCACGAAGUACAGGACAAACAUUUCAACCAAAACAAAGUAAUCAUGGACAUAAGCGCAAAGGAAAGCCUGUGGAGGCGUGGAUGUUGGAGCUUGAGAAAGCUCAAGAUCAGGAAAAUGGAUCACAAAGCCUGGACCUGACUGCCAUCAAGCAAAUUGCCGAUGGGGUCGAACAAAUGGUCUUCUCUUGGGGACUGGAUAAGCAAGAGAUGGGCUACGAGUAUGCUAAACUAUCCAAGUCACUGGCGAAAGAAAAUCGUCACGUGGUGCUUCCCUGGAGCUUAGACAAAACAGAGGAAGGUAUGAAUUCUGCUUCUGAGAUGGAUGUACUGGCAUUAAGAAAUGACAUGAAGGAAAUCUUAGAAAAUCCAUCUCCCACAUCAACACAACCGCAGUUGCCUACGGAAUGUGCUGUUAUUGAGACCAGAAGUGCAUCUUCGAAGUUGGCAGAGGUGAAAAAAAGAGAGAAUACAUGGCUAGACAACUUUGGCAGUUGCAGGGACAGAUCUCUAUCGCUUGAGUCAGCUUCAGAGGAUCCUCAGCCAUGGAAAACAAGAAAAGAACAUGCAGAAGCCAAGACGUACAACAGGUUCAAAUGUGAGACUGAUUCUUGCAUGAACGCUACGGAUGGAGUAGGAAGCUGCAAUGUUCAGAUUAGCACAGGCGAAAAUCUGCUCGGUUUUGAGACCAGAGCGAGGGAGAACAGCUGUCAGAAAAUGACACCCGAACACUGGAAUAUCAUAUGUGAAUCUAUCGAUGGGGGAAUUGGGGAAAGCAAUGUUGCGAGCGAUUUUUGCACAGACGCUUCAAAAAGAGGAGACAAUCCAUCACAUGCUAAUGAAACUGAACUCAGGCCCUGCCUUGGAGAAGGAUCUCCUAUUUGGAUAGAAGAGGUUGCUCCACCAACACCGGAAGGAAUAUGUCAACAACCAAUAACGAAUCAAACAAGAAAUCAUUAUCUUCCAUCAAUGUUGACUCAUGAAUCAGCCGGGAACGCUUCUUCCUUGUUGAGCCAAUCUCUAUCGUGUGCGCAGUCACCCUUACCGCAACCUGAGAUAGUCCAGUGUAGCGAGGCAUCCAAUGAGCGUGAUAGGCUCCCGUCAAGUACAGAUCCUCAAAUGUGCUCGCCGAUCAAUGCGAACGAACCAAAGGGCUCACCUCCGCCACUGCACUUUUCGGCCUCAAAUUUAAGUUGCAGAGAAGAUACUGAAUCGGUUGAAGUUGGAGGGCAUACCAUCAAAAUGACAGCAUUGCGAGGUGACAAUGAUAUUCUUGAGAACAAGUUCCAGACACUAGUUAACAUUAAUGCCGGUUCGCUUGGCGUCCAGUUUUAUAAUCGAUCAGCAACGUUAAAGCAGGAGCACAAUCAAUUAAAACCCUCUCCGACAACAGAUGUUGAAGAACUUCAAAUAGCUCUUCUCGAGUGUGCGAUGGAGUAUGAAAUCAAGAACAUAGAAGCCAAGAUGAAGAUGCAGGAGCUGAAAUUAAAGGGACACCAGAAUGUGGCGGUUGCAAAAAGCGAGCAACUCUGCCCUAAAAAAGCUAUCGAGCCAUCGUCAACUCAAGAAGUGACGAUAGAUAGUCAAAGAUCGCAGCAACUGAAGAAACAAAUGGCGAAGCUGCAGCAUGAGAAAAGCACUCUGGGCAACGAACUCAAUGCGUUGAAGAAGAAAGAGAGGCAAUUUGAGAUGCAGAAAAGAAGUCUAGAAGAAGCUCUGCUUCGAGUUAAUCGACUCCAGAGAGAGGUCUUGAAGAAGGAGCAAGAAGUUGUGGAGUGGCAACUAAAAGAGAAGGAAACCAAAGCUCAACUACAAGAGGUAGACGAAAGACUGAAAAGAGAACGUCAUGCACAGAUGUCUCAGCCUUUGGAGCCAAAGAAGCUUCUCUCUCUGCUUCCAGCGCUACGUGACUGGUUGCGCUCUUUGAAGAAGGUGGGAAUGACGAAGGCUGCUGAGCGUCGAAUAUUUCAGGACAAAGAGGAAUUAGGUAGAAAUUAUCCUAACUUAAGGGAUGGUUCUCCUUUGCAAGCACAUGCUAAUUUUCACAGCAGAGACAAAGGAUUUAGCCCACGUAUACCGGCACAUCUGGAUACGCUAGGACAGCUUGGUGAACUGGCAAAGCAGUCAAAUCGGAAUCUUAGUGUAAAUCAAGUCGAUGUGAUCAUCUGCUGUCUGUCCAAGGAGAUUCAUGCCCUGCAAAUGGAGCUUACAAAAUUAGCGAGAAGUUAAAGCAAAGAUCCCUGUGCUUUGCUAUUCUAAUAAUGGGACAAUGGCAGAAAGAUUUUGAAUCUCAAUACAACCACCUCAACUGUUUGAUUGAAUAAUAACUUACCUUUCUUGCCAACACUUGAUCUCGAUUUAUUCAAUGCCUCACAAGAACACUAAUCAAAGAAUUCACACUGAACAGACACAGGCAUAAGAAUGAAAAAUUAAACUGUUCUAUCUAAUCA